AUGAGAAGAAUAGCUCUACUAAUCGCAGUGGCCGCUUGGUCUUGGCAGAGUCCUGUGGGGGGUGCUUUUCCGGUGCUCCCAUCAUCGCAACACAAGAGAUCCCCCACUAAGUCUUCUUCCUCCUCGACAUCAGUCAAGUCCUCUUUGGUAAAUUUCGAGGAACUACUCUACAGUGCCCAAUCGGCCGGAUCCGAUUUGGCGUCAUUAUCAUUGCAAGAUCCUUCCAAUUUGCUGACGAGCAUGCCCAUCAUGUACGGAGCGGGGCUCUUGACAUCCUUUAGUCCCUGUGUCUGGGGAUUGCUGCCACUGACCAUGUCCUACAUUUCCCAAGCCGCCGGAGAACGACAAGACAAACAAGCCACGCUACCGACACUGGCAUUUGCCGCUGGAUUGGCCGCCGUCUUUUGCAGUUUGGGAGUCGCUGUGGCGACGCUAGGCGGUGUGUUUGGUUCGACUGCCACUUCGUCGAGUGCUGGUGGCUUCUUUUUGCCCCUCUUAUCCAAUGGAAUUUGUUUGGCCAUGGGAUUGCAAUUGCUGGGAUUUGUGCAAUUAUCACUGCCGUCCGCCGACAAUAAUAACAACAAUCCACUGGCGAGUAGUAGUCAAGACAGUCCUGGCGAACCGAUUCUGAUUGACGCCACGGGCCAAAUAUUACCGUCCCCCACCGAAACCAAAAAAGAAGCCUCCCUCUUCCGCACGUUUCUGUUGGGCGGAUCGUCCGCCUUGGUGGCCAGUCCCUGUGCCACACCCGUGCUCACGUCCAUUUUGGCAUUUGUGGCCAAUGCUCAAAAUGCCGGUGUGGGGGCACUCUUGUUGUUGGGGUAUACAUUGGGAUAUUCCACACCUCUCUUGCUUGUGGCAUCCACGGGAGGACAGGCAUUGGUCGAUUUGCGACGCAACACGAGUGAUGGUACCAGCAUUUAUGGCAAAAUUGCUCCCUGGGUGACACCCCUGACGGGAGGUGUGCUGUUGUGGUACGGGACCAAUGGACUCUUGGUGGCGUUGUUUGGAGAUCCGUCUCUGGCAGGUCUGGCGCCCAUUUUGGAGUAA